GGGGACCAGGGAAAACCUGGAACCAACAAGCCGUUUCCAGGCCCUCCUGGUCCUAAAGGAGACCAGGGAGCAGUUGGGAAGACUGGAGUCCAGGGACCACAGGGUGCCAAAGGAGAAAAGGGACAGGAUGGAGCUGGGAAUUCAGGAGUGAAGUACGUUCGCUGGGGAAGAACCACGUGUCCUAGUGGCGCGCACAUAGUUUAUAAAGGUAAGGGAAUGGUCAUACAGAUAGUAAGGGUUGUACACUACAGUUGAAUGCAAAUAGGUUAUUAACUUAAGCAGAAAUCGGUAACAUUUUGCGCCCGCGAAUUAUUUGGCGCGCGGUUUCUAAUUAUCAAGAUGGCGGGAAUAAAGAAAGCAGUACGUAGGGAAAAACAAGGACUGAAAUAACACACUAUCAAAGGAUCUGAAUAAAUUUCAUUUCUUUUUUGAGGUAGUUGAUACAAGGAAGAAUGAAAAAGUGGAAAUUAGAGUCCAGACUCCUGUUCGAAUGAUGAUUUUAGGAAAAAGAAACAACUUCGUUUCAUGCGUGACAUUUAAAGUAAAAAUAAUUUUCAAAAAUCAGGGCCCACAGUACAAUUAGCCAGCGAUGUUCUGUUGUAACAAGCCAGGCUCUCAGCCAAAAAUGGCGAUCAAAACAAACUGGAGACAGAAAACGUUACUUUUCACCAGAAAUGAUAAGCGAAUUAAGUGGUGCUUUUUGUACCGCGCUUUUAUAGCAGAAACUGAUGUAUUUUUCCCUCUUUUAUCGCAAGUUUUGCGGCCAUUUGGGAAACGGAUCAAGGCUGAUUUUUAUCACGUUUUAAAGUUUGAACAUCGAACGAGAACGAGAAGAAGAGGCAGUAUGCGGAAAGAGUAAUGGAGAUCGAAGAGGGAACGUUCGAUCCAGAAGACGACAGCUAGACUUUGUUGACUCACAUCUACAGAUCGAAAAUAUUAGAGCCUGCCCGAAUUUAUCUUUUUUUCUUAAGAACUUUUUAAAGAAUUAGGAAUUUAGGAAUACGAGAUUUUAUUCUUUUUAACUUGUUUUCUUUUUAAUAUUAGAGACGGAUAAUUCUCUUUUGUAGUGACUUAAUUUAAAACUCUGGACUGCCUGCAAGAGUUAUUGACCGCAUCUAAGCCACAAGGAAUGUAUUUGGGAAAUCGUUAUUGACACGGUGAUUGUUUUUUAAUGAUUUAUAUAAUUCUUAAUGUUAUAUAGUGCUUAAUUCUUACUUUCAGUGAGUGGGGUAAAUAAUAAAAACCGCAUGCUGCGUUCAAGUUAAAUAUAUUGCUCGAGACUUUCCCAGCCAAAAAGAGCACUGAACUUUAUUAAUGAAGUAAUGAUAUAGUAGGCCGCCAUAAAAAGGAAGCCAGUUAUACUCCAAUUGGAUUCAUUAGGAAACUUUAGCAAAGUCAAAAAAUUCAAGCAAUGGGUUUUAAUAGGCCAAGCAUUACUCUGCACGAACUGCACGUGCAUGAUGACGUGCUCGGAUUUCUUUCCUGAUGGGAUGUUUAUUUGAGGUCGUAAACAAGAGCAACGACAAAUUAAAUUGUCUUUCGGUCUAAACAUUGAUUGAAUUCAUUUAACAUAGUGACGAUUUCGCUGCCGUCGAAUCGUAACUGCACGACCCCGGGUGAUGCACGACACACAUUCGCACAGAAGCGAAAAUAAUAAUUCUUCAUGAGACCAAAUUACAACUCUUUACACAGAAAUCUCAUUUUUGUUUCGAAGUUAAAAUGAUGCCUGUGGAAAAUAUAAGGAAUUUAGAUCAGGUGGUACUUGCAACGUUACUUUUUGCGCGCAGUUUGCAUGCUGGCUUACAAAGUGGCCAAAGUGGCGGGACCAAGGAAGCAAUGGCCGGACCAGGGGCUUUCGAACGGAGCUGUCCUUUUCUAUGAUGCAGGAUUUUCGGCAAAGCUCAGAAGCUGUCGGUUUGUCAUAAGCUAGUACAAUGAUACGGUAACUUACAGGACAAAUUUGAGCUCACUAGUCCUCUUCUAAGGUAAGAAAUAUUCAUUCAGGCAUACGUCUUUUUCAUCCGGACCAAGGACAACAUACUAUAGAGUAAAUAGCGAGUCUAUAGCGAGUAAUGCCAAUAUUAUUACGCUUGUUACAAUUCACCAAACAUCCUUUCUGCUCUCUCUUUCCAGACAACUUUAUUCUCUAUCAUUAAAUACUGAUGAAAAAAGAAUUAUACUAGAUCGUUUUGCUCGUAUUAUUAGGUAUAAUGGGUGGAGAACGGUACGAACACCCUGGUGGUGGAACGAACUACCUUUGCCUUCCACACAGUCCAAAGUAUGACAAGUACAAAGAUGGCCAUCAGCAAGCUGGAUACGUGUACGGCACUGAAUAUCAAGUGAAUCUCUACAACGGAGACCCUUUUAAGAGAAAUCUUCACGAUCAUGAUGCGCCGUGCGUUGUCUGCUUCGUCAAGUCACGUGGUUCAAUGCUGAUGAUGCCUGCUAGGAAUGACUGCCCAUCUGGAUGGACCGAGGAGUAUCAUGGGUACUUGAUGAC